GUUGUGUCAACCUGCCUUGCCCUUGGUUACAACCUAGGACAGAACGUGAAACGUGAAUGUCAACACUCGGGCACAGUACCCGCCCAAGCCGCAAGACGUACACACACCCCUCCACCAACACCCAAACAUGGGAGGACAAGUCUCUCGGACCGACUUUGAGUGGGUUUAUACGGACGAGCCCCACGCUACAAGGAGAAAGGAGAUCAUGGCUAAGUAUCCUCAGGUGAAGAAGUUGAUGGGACACGAUCCGAACCUGAAAUACUGGGUGUUCACAAUGGUCGCCGUGCAGCUGACGAUAGCCUACAUGUUGAAGGAUGCUUCCUGGCCACUGAUUCUAUUGACUGCCUACGUCAUUGGCGGGACCAUUAAUCAUGUCAUGCUUAUCGCUUGGCACGAAAUUUGCCACAACCUCGCCUUCGGGCAUGCUCGGCCUCGUGCGAACAAGGCCCUCGGCAUCUUCGGAAACGUCAUCAUCGGUUUCCCGGCAUCCAUCUCGUUCAAGAAGUACCAUCUAGAGCAUCACAAGUUUCAGGCCCAGGACGGUUUUGACCCUGACCUUCCGACUGUGUUUGAAGGUCAAUUCUUCUGUAACUCGUUUGCGAAGGCAUUGUGGGUUUUCCUACUGCCCGCGUUCUACUCGCUCCGUCCCUUGGUGGUGAGGCCAAAACCCAUCACAGACUACGAGGUCAUUAACCUCGUGCUGGUGGGCAUUGCUGACGUUCUCAUUGUGUACUUCAUGAGCUACAAGUCUCUACUCUACCUGGCCAUCGGUACCCUCCUAGGCUUGGGGCUCCAUCCCAUGGCUUCGCAUUUUAUCGCCGAGCACUACAUGUUCAUCAAGGGCCAGGAGACGUACUCGUACUACGGACCAAUGAACGCCUUUACUUUUAACCUGGGGUACCACAUGGAGCACCACGACUUCCCCAACAUUCCGGGAUGUAACCUACCCAAGUUAAAGGAGAUCGCUAAGGAGUACUACGAGCCUCUGCCGUCGCACUCGUCAUGGCCGAAAGUCAUCUGGGACUUCAUCAUGGACCCGGCCAUCGGGCCCUACUGCCGCAUGAAGCGCCGCAGUAACAGGGCAAGGGACAACGGCAGCUGCGACGACGACCCCGACAAAGACAUGUAGACCGUUUGCAUCUUUUAUUAACCUGGAAUCCAGUCUCCUCGUGACACCGCCUACCGUAGUUAGUUUAGGCUCUCCACGGGGCCAGUGUAGCUCUCAGCCGCCGUGUAAUUUACACCCGGUAGGAUUUCACGCAGUUAGACUUAAUUUGCCGAGUUAAUUGCCGGCUAAUUAUCCCACUGGCACUGGGCUAAGUCUAACCCCUGAAAAUCCUUCCAGGCGCGGCCGAUUCCCCCGGCGGCUGAGAGCUGCACUGGCCCCGUACAAAACCUGCGCUAACUACGGUAGGCCGAGCCACAAUUAGACUGGAUUCCAGGUUAAUCUUUUAUCUAAGUAAUUAAGUAAGGACCGGCGGAUUAAUAUCAUUCAGGACGUACAAGUUGAUGGUGGCCACCCAACAAUACUAGUCAGGCGGACCCAACCUUACUACUUGCGUGCAGUAGAACAUUUUUUUGAAUAUUAUAUUGAUAAAUGCAGUAAUCCUUUCACAUUAAAGUGAUGAGGCUUAUUUUGGUAAGCUAAGACAAAACUAGGCUGGUGAAUCACUUUGAAAGGACAUACCAAGGACCUCUUUGGACGUACUCAAACUAUUUUAUCUAAGUAGUAAAGUAAGAACCGGCAGACAAAUAUCAUUCAGGAAGUACAGGUUGAUGUGGUCACCGAACAAUAUUAGUCAGGCCAAGGAGGUUGAAAGAGGGGAGGCGGACCCAACCUUAAGUUACUACUUUCGUGCAGUAGAACAUCUAAGUUCAUAAUGAUAAAUGCGGUAAUCCUUUCACAUUAAAGUGAUGAGGCUUGUUUUGGUAAGCUAAGACAAAACUAGGCUGGUGAAUCACUUUGAAAGGACGUACCAAGGACCUCUUUGGACGUACUCAAACUAUUUUAUCUAAGUAGUAAAGUAAGGACUGGCUUACUAAUGUAAUUCAGGAGGUGCAGGUUGCUAAUGGUAACCGAACAAUAUGAGUCAGGCGGUCUCCACCUUACUACUUUUGUGCAGUAGAACAUCUAAGUUCAUAUAGAUAAAUGCAGUCAUCCUUUCACAUUUAAGUGAUGAGGCUUGUUUUGGUAAGCUAAAAGACAGAACCAGGCUGGUGAAUCAUUUUGAAAGGGCGUACUCAAACACUGAAAAGGGUACAGAGACAUACAUUGUAUGGGUAGAUGUGGAAGAAACAACAUUAAUAUAUUUUACAUGUUAGUAUUUGUGAUCUACGUCCAAAUUUUGCGCUAGACGAAUUUUGUUUUCUUCUGUACACCAGUGCAUGACAUGCUUUGUCAAAGUAACUUGCAGAAAGAGUCUCAUCAAAUCCCAAACAUGUGGCAUUUAUAUUGAUUUGUGCCUUUGUGUUUGCAAAUGUGUAAAAAAAAAGAAGAGAUAAGUGUGUUGGUUGUGGUCAAGAGAGCUACAAGGUUAUUGCGAAAUAUGCCCUCGGUUUUUUUUGGCAAAAUAUGUUAUGCACAUACUACAGCUUUGCAACUGAAUGUAUAGUUUCAUGUUGGUUUAGGAGCCAAUUGCAGUGCUAGAUUCUUCCACUUAGUCAUGUUUGCAUCUAUGUUUUUACAGCUCUACUAUGUAGUUGCUUUAACUUCUUAUGCAUUUCAAAAAAUGUCAAACACAACUGACAAUUGUAUUUUAAGAAUGCCAAUUUUCUUCCCUUGGUCUUCCUGUGACGUUACUAUGUAAAGUUACUGCAGAAAUUGUUUGGUUGUUAUCUAAAUUUGAGAGUAUUCUUUUUAGCUCACACAAACUGGAGAUGUGCUGCUGAUGAAAUACUGUGUGGUAUAGAAAAUGUAUAUGUGGAUGUUUGUCAUGUAGUAUAUCCGUAGAGAAAUUGCUAUGUCGAAUUGUAAACACAUGGCUGCCCGUUGUUGUGUCAAGCUUUCAAUGUUCUUCCAUUCUUUAAGUUUAUCUCGGCAACAUUUCGUACAAUGCUAUUAGUACUUGUGCAUAGAUUCCAUGACGCUGCUGCAGAGAGGUGAACACUUGUGAGAUUUGUUUGUCUCUUCUGAGUAAUAAACACUUUUCCUAUUGUGCAGAAAAAGAGAA